AUGGAGUGUCGACCUGUAACGAUCGAACGUUUGCCUGAUAAUCAAGGUUAUGCUGGUGAAUUAAGACAAACUACAGAACUACCGAAUUAUUCUUGUAGUGAAAAUAAUGCUUCGAUUCGGUUUACAUUAUCUUCAUCAUUUCAUUCAGCAUGGAAUUCGGCAUCAACUUGUUCUUUACAACAAUGUAAUGUAAACUUAACUAAUAAUAAUAACGAUAAUUGUCGUUCAACAUCAACACCUUGUUUUGAUUAUCGAACAAUAAAUAAUAUUAGUUAUUGUGCACCUGGUAUUUUAUGUUCAAUAUUAGAAAAAUGUAAUAAUAUUACACAAACAUGUUUAUCGAAUAAUUCAAUAUGCAUUGUUAAUUCAUGUUGUUCAUCACAAGCAGUAUGUUUACCAUUUUUAGCAACACAAAUGUGUAAAACAGGAUGGUUUUCUACGGCCAAUAUGACUGAUGCACGAGCUGGUCAUAAAGCGUCUGUAUUAUCAAAUGGAAAAGUAUUAGUUACUGGUGGAGAACAAACUCGUGGCAUUACUUUAAAUAGUGCUGAAUUGUAUGAUCUAUCAACAGGCACUUGGACAACUACUAGUAACAUGACUAAUGCACGAGAAACGCACACAGCAACUGUAUUAUCGAAUGGAAAAGUGUUAGUUACUGGUGGAGCUGGUAGUGGUUAUAUUUCUUUAAAUAGUGCUGAGCUGUAUGAUCCAUCAACAGGCAUUUGGACAACUACUGGUACUAUGACUAAUGCACGAGCUUGGCAUACAGUAUCUGAAUUAUCAAAUGGAAAAGUAUUAGUUACUGGUGGAAACGGUAAUAGUAGUGUUUUAAAUAGUGCUGAGUUGUAUGAUCCAUCAACAGGGACGUGGACAACUACUGGUAGCAUGAUUGAUGCACGACAAUUUCACACAGCAUCUGCAUUAUUAAAUGGAAAAGUGUUAGUUACUGGUGGAGUUGGCACUGGUUUUAUUUCUUUAAAUAGUGUUGAGGUGUAUGAUCCAUCAACAGGUACUUGGACAAUUACUAGUAACAUGAAUAAUGUACGAUGGUAUCACACAACAUCUGUAUUAUCAAACGGAAAAGUAUUAGUUACUGGUGGAAACGGUAAUAGUAGUGUUUUAAAUAGUGCUGAGUUUGCUGAGUUGUAUGAUCCAUCAACAGGUACUUGGACAACUAUUAGUAACAUGAAUAAAGAACGUGCUUUUCACACGGCAUCUGUGUUAUUAAAUGGACAAGUAUUGGUUACUGGUGGAUUUGAUCAUAGUGAUUAUUUAAAUAGUGCCGAAUUAUAUUAA